CGGCGGGGCACGGGAAGGAAGGCCUCGCCGCCCGUGGCCGUCGGGGUUUGCUCGCUUCCCGCCCCUCCGGCUGGCUCAGGAGCUGGUUUAUCAACGAUGAGAUGUAGCAGUGGCACUUAGUCAUGAUUGACACUUUAGACUCUGAAGCUCAGUUACUUGAACUAGUGAGAGAGUAUUUGGAUUUUGCUGGAUUUGAAGAAACAGUGAAAGUAUUCACAGAGGAGUGUGAAAUAAAGGAGAAGUCACUACCUAAACCAGGAGGUGUUUCCUCAAGAUGUUCAAAAGCUUUGUCUGUUCAGAAAGAUCUGCUUACAGCAUUUGAACAUGGUGAGCAGAAGGUUUUCUUCCAGCUCUGGGAGGAGCAUGUUUCACCUUCAAUCCGGAGCAAUGAUCAGAUUGCUCAGAAGCUGGAGUUCCAUCUUCAUGUCCACUUUGCCACCUACCUCUUGAAGAACUCUAUGGAAAAGUCUGACAAUGCUGAACUUGAGGAAAGGAUUUUUCUUUUUAAGGCAUAUCUGGAAAAAAAAGGAGCUCCACUAAGCCAGACUGCAGAGUUUCUUCCCUUCUAUGUUUUGCCUUUUGUUCCAAACCCCCUGGUACAUCCUUCAUUUAAAGAAAUUUUUCAGGAUUCUUGGACAUUGAAUUUGAGGACAAGAUUGGAAGAGUUCCUGUCUGUGACUCUUAAAACCAGUCAGACUCCACAACUUCUCACUUUAUUUAAAGAGAAUGGAGAGUGCAACAAAGAAACGUUGCAAAGUCUUCAAGAACAGUUAGUGAACUCUCAGAAACAAUAUAAUGACUUGCAGGAGAGCUACCAUAAUCUCAUUACAGUCAGUGCAGAUCUGGUGGAUUGCUUGGAGGCCACAGUCAAUGGCAAGACGAUCUCAGCAGAACAUCUUCAUAGCAUUUGUGUUCGCUUGUGUAGCAAUCAGAUGAGACAAAGUGUAGCUCAUAGUAUUGACUUCACAAGGCCUGGAACUGGAUAUUACUCUAUGAGCCCUUGUGAUGAUGGAUAUGCUUCCAAGAUAUUAAGAGCAUCUUCAGUCUCUGUGAACAUGCAGGAUGUGCCGUUGUUGCCCUCUGUGGAUUAUGAGAAGCUGAAGAAAGAUUUAAUUACAGGGAGCGAUCGUCUCAAGGCCUUCUUACUGCAGGCUCUGCGCUGGCGCUUGACAAAAUCAUAUCCUGGAGAACAGAGGGACACUGUUCUGCAAGCCUACAUCAACCAUGACCUCCUCGACUGCCACAGCAACUGUCAGGGAAGUGUCUUUAAAUUAUUUUGUUCUAAAAGUAACAUAGUCAGACAGUAUACAGCAAGGCUCAUCAAUGCUUUUACUUCAUUGUCAGAAGGUCGUGUCUACCUUUCUCAGAACCCAAUGUUGCUGCAAAUGCUGGAGGAGAGACUGAAAGCUGAAGACAAGGAUUCCCUUACAUGGAGGAAUGUUCUGGCAGCUCUGCAGAAAUUCAGCCUCAGGCGUGCUCUGCAGUCAGCAAUGAUUGAAGAUGGGCUCAUUUCCUGGCUGGUUGAUCUUCUAACAGAUAUAGAUUGCCUGUCUGAUUACACACUGGAAUAUUCUAUGGCCUUGUUCAUGAAUCUCUGUCUGCGGAGUGCAGGGAAGAAAUCGUGUGCAAGGUUUCCAAAACGUGUGCUGAAAGUUCUCUCUAGUCUUCUUGGCCAUGAGAAUCAUGAGAUACAAAGGUAUGUGAAUGGAGCACUGUACAGCAUUCUUGCUAUCCCUUCUGUCCGGGAAGAAGCCAGAGCAAUGGGAAUGGAAGAAAUUCUGCGUGAGUUUAUCAAGGAAGGAAAUGCAGAGAUGAUCCGUCAGAUCGAAUUUAUUAUCAAGCAGCUCAAUUCAGAAGAGCCAUUUAAUGAUAGUAUCGUGUCUGAUGAUGAGGAGGAAGAAGAUGAUGGGGAAGAGAACCACGAUGUCAUGGAGGCUGAUCUGGACACAGAGGAGGUUUUGCAGCCUCAACUGGGAGAGCUUGCAGGAGAGAAGCUGCUAACAACUGAGUACUUGGGAAUAAUGACUCAUGCUCCAAAACCCAAGAAGAAAUCCUUUCCUGUUUUGCAUCAGAGUAUAGAUGAGCCACUCCAGAGACCUGUGACACCAGGUUAUCACAGAACCGUGUCCUUAAUGCCAGAAAAUGAUACCAGUUAUUGUCCUGGUAAGGAUGAGAAGCUGCAGUCUCUACCAAGUGGUCCUCCAACUGCUUGUGGUGGGAGCAGGUCCAGCACAUCUGACACCUGCAUUUUGUCUUCAUCAGAUGAAAUGAAGUCAUCUGAAGUAUUCUCAUCAGGCUGUAGAAUGGACCAAAGCAUCCCAGAUGGUGACAAUGUCUCGUCCUCCCCACCUACCGACUUCACCCAGAACGAAGUAGAUGAGCGUAGUCACAGCGAGUUUCUCUAUGCCUUCAGCAGCAAACCCAAGAUCCCUCGCACUCCUGAACCUCAGAAUACCAGUCCUGGAAAGGAAAAAGUCCCAGCCAUUACCUCCCAGUGCUCUCGGUCUGGACCCAAACAAACAAGCCUUCCCAGCUCCUCAGGAUCAUCCACAAGUGGCAAACGGAGCAGACAGUCCAACAGGAAGUGAGAACAGUUCCUUUCCUCGAGAAUCACCUGUCCGUUGUUGAAGGACAGAGCCAGCUUCCUGUAAUGAAGCUUCACUGAUGACCUCCUGAGAAGAGUGAGAUUACUGACAUUGCACGGUGUACACUUUGCACGGGGAUUCAAGAAUUAUCUGAUGGGAUGCAGGUGUUGUCAUCUCUAAAGCUGGCUAAGACAAGGGCUCCGUUAUUACAAUUUAAGGUCUGCCUGGAGCAGCCUUGUCUGGAGUGAGAUCUCUGUUUGGUCAUCAGAGACUGGAGAGAAAGAAUUUCAUCAACUUGUGGCUGACUUGUGGCAGGUGAAAAACUGGCAGUGCCCACAGCAGCACCCAUGCUCAGCUCUGAGGAUCUGAUCACCACCUUUAUCUGCAGCAAUUAUUUCUAUUCUUUCUUCUUAUCUUUGGUUUUUUUUGGUUGGUUGGUUGUGUGGGUUUUUUUUCCUUAAUUUUGCUCUUUAAAAUUUGGGGCAUGAAUAAUAUUUUUUUUUUCCAUUUGAAUGAAGAACUUUUUCUUCAUUCAUAGGAGAAACCAUGAGAAUAUGAAGCCAUUUUCUUUUUA